AUGGACACCAGUUUCCAACCCCAGCUUGUCUUCGUGGACGGCUCGUUUAACGAGCUGGCCCAGGAGAUGGCCGACUACGUCAACGUCGGCGACGAGGUCAAGCCCCUCCUCGAGAAGGACCAGCAGGAUGAUGUCCUUAAGAAGAUCAUCAUCGCCUCUACCGCCCUCAACUCGGUCCCCGAGCGCGAGUUCAGCGCCGCCUACAACCUGCUUACCUACCUCGUCCUGCAGACCAAGAACCCCAACAUGUUCUUGUCCAAAGUCUGCGAAAACCUCCAGAAGCCCGUCACCUCUUCUCCCCAGAACGGCCCCGGCCUCGCCCUCGGUGCCCUGACCAACAUCUUCAACAUGUUGAAGCCCGACGACCAGACCCGAUACCACGUCUUCUUGGCCAUCGUCAAGUUCACCAGCGCCAACAGCAUGUUUGACCAGCUCAAGAAGUACUUGCCCAAGCUGGACACCUGGGUAGAGGAGUGGGACGUCGACGAGGAGGACGAGCGAAAGCUCUACGAGCUCAUCUCAAAGGCUGCUUCGCAACAUGGUGCCGACACUCUUACAUACGACUACGUUCUCAAGGCCGUACGAACAUUCGACGACGAGGACAACAAGACCGAAGACGCCCAGAAGCUGACCAUCAGCGCAAUCAAGAUUGCCCUCAACUCGUCUACACACUACGACUUCUCAGACCUGCUCAGCAUCCCCGCCGUCUCAGCUCUGCAGGAGUCGCAACCCGCCUGGUACGACCUGCUCAUGGUCUUCGCCGAGAAGGAUCUUGAGGACUACAAGCAGUUUCAAGAGGAGCACCCGGACUUCGUCGAGAAGGAGAAGCUCGACGCCGACAAGCUGCAGCGCAAGAUGCGCCUGCUCACCUUUGCCUCGCUCGCCGCCGCCGAGUCCAAGAGCCGCGAGAUCCCCUACUCCAAGAUCGCCGAGGCUCUGUCUAUUCCCGAGGCCGAGAUCGAGAUGUGGACCAUCGAUGUGAUCCGUGCCGGUCUGGUCGAGGGUAAGCUUUCCCAGCGCCAGAAGGUUUUCCUGGUUCACCGCGCAUGGUACCGUGUAUUCGGCGAGAAGCAGUGGCGCGAGCUCAGCACCCGCGUCGACGGCUGGUCGGCAACCCUCAAGGAGGUCGCCCAGGCUCUGAGACGCGAGCAGUCCAACGUCGAGUCCGCCAAGAAGCGUGAGCAGGAGGAGCUGGAGCGAAAGCUUGCCGGUGCCGGUCUUGACGACAAGCCUCAAAGAGGUGGACGCAGAGGAAAUGCCGGUGGUGACAGGCCGCCUCCCAAGCCUAGAACGGACGAUGACGAUUAA